AUGAAUGAGGUAGAAAAAGCUGCCACAAUGAUGGAAGAAAACGAGAUUGUUGUGCUAGUGGAGACAUGGGUAAUGGAAGAUAAGGUGGAAAUAACAUGUGAGAGGCUGAGCAAAGAAUUCAAAUGGUGGGCGAAGCCUGCGACGAGAGAGAAACAGAGAGGAAGAGCAAAGGGAGGUCAUAUUAUUGGGAUAAAAAAAAAUUGCAAAUUAAAAUGGGAAGUCAGGGAAUGGAAAUACGGAAUGAUGUUGGAAGAAAGUAAGGAAAGUGAAAGUAUAAUCACAGUGUAUAACAAUGUAGGAAUGAGCAAAUUAGAAACGGAGCUAAGAAGGCAGAUAGAAGAAUGUGCAAACAGGGACGAAAGUGUGAUGAUCAUUGGGGACUUUAAUGCGAGAAUCGGAGAAGAAAACGUAACAGGAGAGGACGAAGGCAGAGUGAGGAAAAAAAGAAAAAUCGAGAGACAAGACACAAGAGGAGAUGAAGGUGGGGAAAUAACUUACGUCGGGGGAGACGAAGAGAGUUUAGGAUCAGUAAUUGACCUAAUACUAACGCUGGACAGAGGCGAUGAGCAAGAAAUAGAGGUAAGAGUGGUGGAAAGAAUAGAGUCAGAUCAUCUACCAGUGUUGGCGAGAUAUAAGGUAAAGAGAAAUGAGGAAGAGAGUAAGGAAGGAAGCUGCAUGUCAGAGGAGGAAGAGCAGGAAGAAAUUGGAGCAAAUAAGCUGAUCUGGAAGAAAGAAAAAAUACAGGAGUAUGCAGAAGCAACGCAGGAAGGUCUGACAGAAGCAGUAGAGGAAAAAAACGAGCUUAAGUGGGAGGAUAUAAAGGAAAUAGUAAGAAAAGGGGCUGAAAAAACGGGGAUGGUGAUGAAAGGAAAGAAGGACAAAGAUACGAAGGAGAAAAAAAAGUGGUACAAUAUCGAGGUGAGCAAGGAAAGGUGGAUGAUGGAAAGGUGUGAGGAGAUAAAUAACGCCAAAGACAUGACAAAAUGGUGGGAAGCCAUAAAUAGGUUCAGAGGAAGAAAGAAAAGAGCUGCAAGCAACAGCAUAAAAGCAAAACAAUGGGAAAAGCACUUUAGUGAUCUGCUGAAUGGGGAAGGCAAUGAAGAAUCGGAAGAAGAAGAAAAUGAGCCGUGGAAAGGAGAAGGUAGUAAUGAAGGAUCAGAGGAGCCGAAGCUCGAUAAAAACUUCAGCAGGAGAGAAGUGAAAGCCGCAAUAAGAAAGCUCUUGAAUCACAAAGCUCCAGGGGAAGACGGGAUGGCAGCAGAAUUUAUAAAGAACAGUGCACCAGAUGUCAUUGAAUGGAUAGGCGAAAUUAUAAAUAGAAUAUGGGACGAAGGAAGUAUGCCAGAAUGA